GGCGAGGGGCGGGCGGUGCCGGUGCCGGCGCCGGCGCCGCUUCCUCCGGCCGGUCCCGCCGCGGGGCCUCGCCGCUACUCGCUCUUGGCCAUCGUAGGAGGCGGUUGCCACCGGCCCGGCCUGUUGGCCGCCGCGCUGCAGCAGCUGGAGCGAGGCAUCCGCUCCUGGGACAUUGACCUUUCCUCCUGCAACCUGGAUGAGCAGCUGAAGCUCUUUGUGUCUCGCCACUCAGCCACUUUCUCCAGCAUUGUGAGAGGUCAGCGAACCCUCCACCACCGGGGAGAUGUGCUGGAGACCCUUGUGCUGCUCAACCCUUCUGACAAAUCCCUGUGUGAUGAGCUGCGAAACCUCAUCACAGACGUGUCUCAGCACAAGCUGCUGGUGUUUGCGGGGCCCUGUGUGGAGGAGACUGGGGAGCUGAUGCUGCAGACAGGCUGCUUCUCCCUGAGGGACUUCAUCCAGAUCUUCACUGACAAGGAGGUAGGGGAGAUCCUGAGCUCUGCAGACCCCUCAGCCAAGGCCAGGUUGACCAUCAGCUGCCCUGAUUUCGGGGAGUGGAAGGACUCGGGCUUGGACCAUCACAACCUCCAGGACUUCAUCGAGCUGCGCUACAACCCUGGCUGCAUCCUGCCAGAGAUGGAGGGGCUGGAGGAGUUCAUGGAGUACCUCUCAGAGUCACUGGAGCCUCAGUCCCCCUUUGACCUCCUCGAGCCCCCCACCAUGGUUGGUUUCCUCAAGCUCUCCAAGCCCUGCUGCUAUAUCUUCCCAGGUGGGAGAGGGGACUCUGCUUUCUUCGCCGUCAACGGUUUCAACGUCCUGGUCAACGGUGGUUCCAACCCCAAAUCAUCCUUCUGGAAGCUGGUGAGGCACCUGGACCGUAUUGACUCCAUCCUGGUGACCCACGUGGGCACAGACAGCCUGCCAGGGGUUAACAGCCUGCUGCAGAGGAAGCUGGCUGAGCUGGAGGAGGAUCCAUCCCAAAGCUCCCAGGGUAACGGGGACUGGGCCAAGAACCUCAUCUCCCCCGAGCUUGGCGUUGUCUUCCUCAACGCCUCUGAGAAGCUGAAGGACAUUGAGGGCAACUCCCCAGUGCUGAAGAGCUGUGAUGAGGCUGCUCUGACCCUGCACUACCUGGAGAAGCUGGGAAUCCAUCCCAACCCUCUGGCUCGGGACAGCGGGGCCCGUGUGGAACCCACCGUCCUGUUCCAGAAGAUGGGAGUGGGUCGGUUGGACAUGUACAUCCUGAACCCAGUGAAGGGCACCAAGGAGCUGGAGUUCCUGCUGAAGCAGUGGUCAGGGAAUGGUUACCCCAAGGAGCAGGAUUUGCCCCUGCAGUGCCUCACCUCUGUGUGUGCCCUGCUCGUCUGGCACCCCGUCCGUCCCUCCGAGAAGAUCAUCCGGGUCCUUUUCCCUGGCUGCACCCCUCAGGGUCGUAUCCUGGAGGGGCUGGAGAAGGUGAAGCACCUGGAGUUCCUCAAGUACCCAGUGGUCACCAAGAAUGACUUGAAGGGCCUGUCAACACCUCAAGCUGAGAAGCCACUCAAGCAGAGGAGGGCAGAGAGCAAAGAGAGCCUCAAGUCGACCUCUAAGCUCAGCUUGGUGGACAAUGGGGCAGCAGGACCAAAGGAGAAGGCUCUGGCGAAGGUGGAGAGGAAGGAGGUGAAGGCAGGGACCAAGAAGCCAAAAUCCCUGGGGGACACAACCAGAGCAGGGUCAGAAGAGGAGAAAGCCAAGGACACUCGAGCCAAGCUGGAGCCUUCAGGAGAGAAGCUGAAGGUGGAUGUGAAACCAAAGCAGAGCAAGGAGAAAGCGGUGCCCAAGAAGGAGCCUCUGCCCCCCAAAAAAGAGGAGAAGAAGGAGCCUCUGCCCCUGAAAAAAGAGGAGAAGAAGCCUCUGAAGAAGGAUGAGGGGGCUGAGGCCAAGGGAGAUGCCAAGAAGGAGCUGAAGGUGGUGAAGAAGGAGGGGAAGGCCGACACGCUGCGGAAGGAUGUGAAGGAGAACAAGGCCGAGGCCAAGGCUCCUUCCAAGGCCCUGACCCGGAAAACAUCGGUGCCAGAGCCCCGCAAAGCCCCGGCCAGGGCUGGCAGCAUCAAGAAACCCCCCCCCAGGAAGGAGCCAGAGAAGCCCAAGGCCAAAGCCCCCCCGGAGGCGGGUGGCAGGAAGGAGCAGGGCACCUCCGACAACUCCAAAUCCUCCUCCCCCGAGGACAUGCUGCCCGAGGCGGAGCGGGGCCCCGGAGCCGCCUCCCCGGGGGCUGGGGGGAGGAGGAGGAAGGAGGAAUCCACAGAUGAAGGCAUCACCACUGCAGAGAGCGAACUGGAGCCCUCCCCGCUGGAGAACGGGGGAGCUGCAGGCGCCGGGGACUCGUCCUGCCUGGAGAACGGCCCCGAGGAGCCCGACAGCCCCCAGAGGUUCCGUUACCUGGAGGGCAGCCCCCUGCGAGCCGUCUGCCCCCCGUCCCCGCUGGCCAAGACCCCCAAGAGCGACCGCAGCGUCAACUUCGACCUGACCCCAACCGGGGCGUUGAACCAUGGCCCCGAGGCUGGGGAAGACGCUUGCGGGAGCUCUGAAGAGAAGACCCUGGAGAUGAUGUCCCCGGCCAGCUCGGGGCCGGCCAGCGCCGGGCACACUCCCUUCCACCAGUCCCCGGUGGAGGGUGGCGGCGAGGAGCCGAGCGCUGCCCGGCAGCACAACCCCUGGGCGGCGGGCAGAGCCCCGCAGGACGGCCCCGGCUCCUCGCAGGAGAAGCAAACGGGCUGCCUGUCCCUCAGCCCUUUCAAAGAUGAGGUCCCCGACGUGUCCCCCACCGUCACCACGCCGUCGCUGCCCGCCGAGGUGGGCUCCCCGCACUCCACCGAGGUGGACGAGUCGCUGUCGGUGUCCUUCGAGCAGGUGCUGCCGCCGGUCAGCGAGUCGCAGCCGGAGGACGGCCGGCGCUCCAGGGGCACGGGGGCUACGCCGGAGCCGGAGCCCACCAAAGGUGGCUUGUCCUUGCCUCUGAGGCCUUGUCACCAAGCGCCACGGGUCGAAGGGGACGCCGGGCAGCGGCCGGGUCGCCGCUCCGACUCGCCCCACGACGUGGAUCUGUGCUUGGUGUCCCCCUGCGAGUUCGAACACCCCAAAUCCGAGCGGUCGCCCUCGGCCGCCGCCAGCCCCCGCGAGCUGUCGGACAGUGACCCCUCCCAGGAGCUGCUGCAGCGGCGGGGCCGUGCCCACGAGACCCCCCCGACCUCCGUCAGCGAGUCGCUGCCCACCCUGUCCGACUCCGACGCCCCUCCUGCCGCCGAGGACUGUCCCUCCCUCCUCGCCGACGGGCUGGAGUCAGACGACGACGCGGAACAGCCCAGCCGUGGGGUGGCCAAGGCUCGGGACCCUCUGCCAGCCCCAAUGAAGGACCCCUGCCCCGUCCCUGCCCAGCCUGGCAUCUGCAUGGUGGACCCUGAGGCGCUGCCAACCGACGAGAGCCGUGGCAUCAAGAAGGAGCCGCCGGGGAAGGCGAAGAGGAAUGCGGCCCGUGGCAGCUCAGCGCUCAGCACCUCAAAGACUGAGCCCUCCCGGCCCCCCAACCCGGCCCCCAAGGCCAGGGGAGCCUCCAGCGUUGGGGACAAAGCUCGGCCGAGCCCUGGGGACAAGAAGGGCCCUUGGCUUGGGGACAACCGCAGCCCAGGGGCUGCCCGUGCCACCGGAGCCCGAGCGCCGGCGGGGGCUGGAAGGGCAUCACCGGCAGGUGCCCAGGCUGCAGCCCCCCAGGGUGCCCCCGUUUACGUGGACCUGGCGUACGUGCCGGGCUCCUGCAGCGCCCGCACCGUGGAUGAGGAAUUCUUCCGGCGCGUCCGCUCCCUCUGCUACGUGGUCAGUGGUGAUGAUCACCUGAAGGAAGGGGUCCUCAGGUCCCUCCUCGAUGCCCUCCUGGCUGGGAAGCACCAGUGGGGCACUGACAUCCAGGUGACCUUGAUCCCCACCUUUGACUCGCUGGUGAUGCACGAGUGGUACCAGGAGACCCACGAGAGGCAGCAGGAGCUGGGCAUCACGGUGCUGGGAAGCAACAGCACCGUGGCCAUGCAGGAUGAGACCUUCCCUGCCUGCAAGGUGGAGUUCUGAGGUGAGGAGGUGGGGUGGAGCUGGGCCCACGGUGUGGGCUUCAUCCCCUCACUCUCCUCUGUGAGCUCCAUCCCUCCCUCCUUCUGUGCCCAGUGACAUCAGGCUGCUGUGGCUCAGAGGGGAGGGAGGGGGCAAUUGAAGGGGGGGAUUGGGGGUUGUUCCUUCCCCUUCCCUCCCCCCAGCACUGGUGAGGGCUCCCCAGGCUCCCCCCAAGCCCACAGCACCCACACACCCCCUCACACACCUCCUGCCCUCACUCUGCACCCACCACAGUCCUGGGGAGAGGGGUGAGGGCCAAGCUGAGCUUGGGGUGACCCUGCCUUUUGGGGUAGGGGUGGGGGGAAGGAUCUGUGCCCCCCUGCCCCCAUCCAGCAGCGGUGCUGAGCCCAGGGCUCUGUUUAACAGGGUAAAUUUUUCUUGUUUGCUGUUGUUCCCCCUUCCCUGGACAAGCCACUACUGUCCCCCCCUCAGUACCCACAGCCAUGGCUCUCGUUGUGGGGGGUGGUUGGGUGCCAUGGAGCUUGGGGGGGACAACCUUGACCACCCCUGAGGGGUCCCCAAGGGGCAACUCUGGGGCUUGGGGGGCUCCUCCAGCACUACAGCCAGGGGCUUUGUCCCUGGCACUGUGCCCCCUCCCUUCCCUGGGCACAGCCAGAUCCCAGGCCCAUCCCAAAAGCAACUGUGUGUUGUCUCCCCACUUCCCCCUCCCCAACCCCAUUAAUGUGCAGCAGCUUGGGGGGAUGGGGGGGGGGGUGGGUGUCUCUCCAAGCUGACAAUGAAGGAGCAAGGGCUGGGGGGCCUGAUCCUGCUCCCCAGCUCAGGGUGGGAAAGGGGUCUGGGACCAGCAUUUCCCUUUCCCCCUCCCCCCCACCCUCCCCAAAAUCCAUCGUGUUGCUGUAAAGCUGAUGGGAAACCAAACCUCUGUGAGCAGAGAGGAAGGAGGGGGCUGGGGGGGGGACCAGGAUCUGCUCCCUCCCACCCCAAAUUUGGGCAAACACUAACUCCUUUGGUAGGAGGCUCCUCAGUGGCUCUUUUUUUUUAAUGCCUUUGUAAGAAAAAGAAGAAAACAAAUGAAAAAAGCAAGAAACUGAGCAGAGUUCUGGCUGGGGGGGGUCCAGGGGGGGUGGGGGUAGGGGGGGAUAUUUAUCUGGGCCUUGGUUGGCAGCCACAGAGGCUUUUACCUUAGAUUGUAUUGUUCACUGUGUUUGGGGAGGGGGGGGGUUGAAUGUUUUACCUUUAGUGCUUUCUAUAUUGUUUUUCUUAGCUGGAAGCUGGGUUUGAAGGUUGAGGGUGAGCUGGGAGCGGGGGGCUGUGAUGUGAUAUCCCCCCCCAUCUCCACACCCUCUCCCCCAUCCUCCCACUCCCCCCCCCAGCUCCCAGCACGCUCUCCCUAGUCUUGCACCCCACGUUCCUGUUUGAUAAAUGUGUUGAAAAUGAGCAUUAAAGAGAGGACA